AUUCUUAUUUUGUUUCUGAAUAAAUGUCAAAAAUCAGCUGAAACUUGAAUAGUACUGUUUUGUAAAAGUUAAAAUAUUUCAAAACCGUACUGAUUUGUAGCAAAUAUAAUGUAAUAUACAAUUAAAAUUAUAUUAUUUCUUUGAAUCAUUUUUCAAUACUGUUGAAAGAAUGUGAUAAAUGCGCUUUAUCAGCGUCUUAAACAUACUUAAAACCAAUUAGUGAAGAUUUAUGUUUAGAACUUAAAUAUUUAAAUAUGAGUUAUAAAGCUAUUAUUAGAAAAUCUUCUGCGUUAAUGGGUUAUGUUGUACAAACGGCGUGUAUCACGCAUUGCUUAAUAGAAUAUGUUGGUGAUUUUGUGUUGUGCACUGGUCCGUCAAUGGAGCCUACUCUAGAAACAAACAACAUUCUCUUUACUGAACACAUAACACCAAGACUGCAGAGGCUGCGUCGUGGAGAUAUAGUCACAGCGAAGUGUCCUAUAUACCCUACACAGAACAUUUGUAAGAGAAUAACUGGGCUGCCAGGUGAUAGAGUUAAGGGCUUUCUUCCUAGAGGAAGUCAAGUGGUACCAAGAGGGCAUGUUUGGUUAGAAGGGGACAAUUCAGAUAACUCUAAAGAUUCAAGAAUGUAUGGCCCUGUCCCACAGGGACUGAUUCGCGGAAGAGUUGUUUGUAGAGUGUGGCCAUUAAAUAGGAUAAGUUUUUUGACUGAUUAAUUAUAAAUAAGUGUAGAUGCUUUAUUAGUGCAUCUAGUUGUUAUAAUGACUUGGUCGUUCAGUUAAAUUGAUUGAAUGAUUACAAAUUAUGUUAUAUUAUUUUGUAAAUAAAAAUUGUUCAUUCA